GCAUUCAUCUGGACAUUGAAAUGCCUCAUGGUGAACGAACUGCACUUAAUCACAAAGCACCAGGGAAGUGCUGGUCUCUUCAAGAUGAAUAUGAAACACUGCAGUCUAGAUUGUGAGACUGUUAAUAAAGAAGAGCCAAAUAAGUUCCCUGCCAAGAAGAACAAGAAUGACAGUUCCAAACUUUCACCGGGGAGGAGGGCAGCGCAUGAAGAGAGAAGUGCAGAUCUAAAUGGAGGACUUCCCCAGAUGUGUUGUUUAAGCAGGCCGGGAACAACGGCAUCUAAAGACCUGGAUAUCGCCGUCCUUGAAGACAAGUGCCAGGAGUUCAGAUUCCGCCUGGGCUCGCUAAAGGAGGUGAUGGGAGGUCAGAGGUCAUGCAAUGUCGAGGAGCUGUUGAAACAAUCACAGAGAGAGCUCUUGUGGAUUCAAAGACAGCUGUCAAUCAUCAAUGAGAGGAGUUCUAUGACCGUGUUGUCUCAUGAUAAACAGCUGAAAAAUGAGGCUCAGCUCCCGCAGCUCCCAGCUGAAACAGUAAAAAAAGUUCAUGGGGUCCAGCUUUUAGGAGAAAAGAGCAGAGCCUUUAAGUCUGAAGCAGCAGAUCUGAACCAAGAGAGGAAACAAUAUAAAUUACUGGAGAAAGAGGUACACAGGAAAAGAGAGGAAUGCAAAGCCCUCGAUGAGGAGUUGAAGAAAAAGCACAGAACAUGUCAGACUUUGGAGAAUGAGCUCAAAGUGGUUCUACAGGAAAAAGAUCGCUUGAGUAUUCAGUUGUCAACCUACAACAAGAAAGUAGCAGAAUAUGACCAGGUGAAGUCGGACUAUGUCCAGCUUAGAGAAACCCUUGAUAUUGUGACUCAGGACAGAAAUUCGGCCCUGCAGGAGAAGAAACAGCUCCACGUCAAACUGGAGAACCUAGAGCAGGUCCUAAAGCAUAUGCGCGAGGCUGCCGAGCGGCGGCAACAGCUGGAGUUGGAGCAUGAGCAUGCUUUGGCAGUUCUCAAUGCUAAGCAGCAGGAGAUCGACCUUCUGCAGAAGGCUCAGGUUGAAGCUAAGAAGGAGCAUGAAGGAGCAGUACAACUGUUAGAGAACACCUUGGACAGCAUGCAGGCCAAGGUUCGAGAGUUGGAGGAGAAAUGCCGGUCACAGAGUGAGCAGUUCAAUCUUCUAUCAAAAGAGCUCGAGAAAUUUCGCCUGCAAGCUGGGACGUUUGAUUUAUUCAGCACUAACCCUUUAGCAGUGUGUGAUACUCCUGGGACUCCCACCAAAUCACUGUCCCAGCUCCUCAAUGGACUAGCCACCCCAAUUGGGAAAGGCAAUGAGAGUCCUGCAAACAGAAACAUAAUAUCCGAAUUUAUUCAACCUAUCCAGAUAUCUGGAGACAAACCUGAACUCCUGUCUGUGAAGCCAACAUUCCUCACCAGGACUCGGACUAGUAGCCCCCAUCGUGCAUUUUUGGCAGAGAUGGACAAUGAACUAAGUUCUACAACUUCCAAAGCAAGGUACACAGGAAAGGUCCGUCUCUGUAUUGCCCGAUACAGUUACAACCCCUAUGAUGGACCCAAUGAAAAUCCUGAAGCAGAGCUCCCCCUUGUUGCUGGGAAAUACCUCUACGUCUAUGGAAAUAUGGAUGAAGAUGGGUUCUAUGAAGGAGAGCUGCUGGAUGGGCAAAGGGGUCUCGUUCCUUCCAACUUUGUGGACUUUGUGCAGGACGAGGAGAUGCCUUCGGUCCACGCCGUGGACGGCGGUAAAGAGCAGGGUUACCUCAACCACACGGGCCAGGCGAGUAGCGGCAUUCUGCCCGAUUCCAAAUUCGACGGCAGCUUGACUGGUGACAUCACCAGCUCCUGCAGCAACGGGACAGGGACCCUGGAUGUCAGCAUCGACGAGAUCGGCGAAGAUAUUGUGCCUUACCCCAGGAAAAUCAACCUGAUCAAGCAGUUAGCGAAGAGCGUGAUAGUGGGCUGGGAGCCGCCUGUUGUGCCUCCGGGAUGGGGCCCCAUCAGCGGUUACAAUGUCUUAGUGGACAAGGAGGUCCGCGUUAGUGUACCUUUUGGUGGCAGGACAAAAUCUCUGAUAGAAAAGCUGAACCUGGCUACCUGCACAUAUAGGAUAUCCAUACAGAGUAUCACUGAGAAGGGGCUUUCAGAUGAACUGCGCUGCACCCUGCUGGUGGGGAAGGACGUGGUGGUGGCGCCUUUCUACCUCAGGGUGGACAACAUCAUGCAGACGUCUGCAGAGCUCUCCUGGCUGCCCAGCAACAGCAACUACAGCCACACGAUCUUCCUGAACGACGUGGAGUACGAUAUGGUGAAGGCCGCCUGCUACAAGUACCAGUUUUUCCAAUUAAAGCCCAACUUGGUUUACAAGGUGAAGGCAGUGGCUCAGCCCCACCAGAUGCCUUGGCAGCUGCCCCUGGAGCAGCGCGAGAAGAGGGAGGCCUCUGUGGAGUUCUGCACACAGCCCGCAGCAGGGCCCCCUGCUGCCCCCCAGGAAGUGCAGAUCGAGUGCGGGUCCGCUCCAGGGGUCAUUCAGGUGAGGUGGAAGCCGCCGCCCCUCAGCCCAAACGGAACCUCCAAUGGAGCUAAUGUGGUCGGCUAUGCUGUGUGCACAAAAGGACAGAAGAUUGCGGAAGUCCUGUACCCCACAGCAGACUACGUGACGGUGGAGCUGACGAGAAUCCAGUGUCUGGAAGCCAGGGAAGUUAUUGUCAGGACGUUAUCAGCACAAGGGGAGUCUCAGGACUCCCCCGUCGCCGUCAUUCCACACAACCUCCUGGUGCCUCCGCCCCCUCAGCCUCACCCCGCCCCCAGGCCCAAGCCAUUAGCAAGUGCCAGAGAGCCAGAAACCAAAGAGGAGCCCGGCGCGGCUCCGAGCGCGCGGCUGAGCGAGCCCUGGGAGCCGGCCCGCUCGCCCUCGCCCUCCCCCCUGCUUCACGGGCGCUCCCUGGAGCCGCCUGCCCCCCACUUCCACAGCCCCGCGCCCGCCCGCCGGUCCCCCUCUCCGCAGAGGAUACUCCCGCAGCCUCAGGGAGAGCCCAUCCCCAACACCGUGGCCAAGGCCAUCGCCAGAGAGGCGGCCCAGAGGGUGGCCGCGGAAAGCAGCCGGAUGGAGAAAAGGAAUAUAUUCAGUGAGAGGAGCAGCACCAUUCAUCCCCUGAACUCAGAUGAAGAUGAAGACGGCUACGAAUCUCCACAUGUGAAGAGGCGGGGGGCUUCAGUGGAUGAGUUUCUGCGGGGCUCAGAGCUCGGCAAGCAGCCCCUCUACAGCCACAGUGAAGACUAUCAGACAGAGAGCAGCCGGGGCUCAGACUUGUCAGACAUCAUGGAAGAGGAUGAGGAGGACCUCUAUUCAGAGAUGCAGCUGGAGGAAGGUGGUCGGAGACGCAACAUUACCUCUCACAACACACUCAAGGCUUCUUGUAAGCGUAACAAUAUCAGCGAAGAAGACUGGGACCUCCUCUGGGAAUCAUCACCCCAAAAGCAGCUCUGCAAUAAAAAACUUUUCAGUAUUCCAGAGGUGGCAGAAGAGGACUUUGACACAGGGGAAAUGACCCAAAGAUUGAGGCUGGAUGAAGGCCAAGGUGUGUUUCAUGGGACCCCAAAUGAGCUUAAGUCCACCAUGCAGGGAAGAUGCAGAACAUCCACCAAAGUCUACUACCAGGAUAUUAGGAAGCAGUAUUUCCUGUCUCCCAGCAAACGCAGUAUCCUUCUGAAACAGCGCUCAGGACGAAGCAUGGAGGACUGCCCUGUGUUAGAAGACCGAGGCUGCAGCAGGCUGAGUAGACAGGUGACCAGAAGCCCUGAUAGUGGUUUGGACUGUGGUAGUGAGGAAGAAGAGGCUCGUUCCCUGACUUACAGGAACCAUUGCCACACGAGCCCACUGAGAGCAUCACCGGGGCCUAAUGUAAAUUCUAACUGUGAUGUGGGUCCAGAAAGCAGAGUACCGACGCAGUCCACAGGCCGUAAGAGAACCCUGACCAGGCAGAGCAUUGUUGAAGAAGACUUCUGUGACAUUCCCUCGUCAACUGCAAAGACAGUGCACAUAGCAGAUUUUAAAUCAAGGGAUCUCAAAUGCAGACCUAACAAGGAUGUGACAAAAAAACCUAGUACAAACGUAGUCUUGAAUGAAAGGAGACAUGACACCUGCAGGACCGAUGCCAAAAUUUGUCAGAAAGACUUUAAGGCAGCAAGUACAGUUGCAAACCUGGUCAACAGGGAAAUGGAAGAAACUCUGAUUUUAGGGAACCCUUCCUCCACAGGACGAUCUGACAGGCUGGAUCACUCAGGUCGAAGACUGUCUCAUGGAUGUGGAGCCCAACAACGUCCCCGACCAAUGAUGGUUCCCUCUAUUGAGAUCACCAUGGACAGUAACAGUGAAGGGGGCCGUUCCAGGUCAGGGAGUGAGGGGAAUCUCUCACCUCUCAAGGAGGAUGUUUACUAUCGCAGUGUAGCUGGACGCAAGAAAUGGCCUUUACAGCGCAGUAUGGCCUCUCAGCAUCGAUAUGAUGGCUACGACAGGAGGGAGCAGCCCUCUCCCGAGUACUAUGAAGACUCAGAGCCUGAGGACAUGUCUCGGAUCUUUGUCGCCCUGUUUGACUACGAUCCACUGUCCAUGUCCCCUAAUCCUGAUGCCGCAGAUGAAGAGCUUCCUUUCAAAGAAGGACAGAUAAUUAAGGUAUAUGGAGAUAAGGACACAGAUGGAUUCUACCGAGGAGAAAUCUGUGGACGAUCGGGGCUUAUUCCUUGCAACAUGGUCUCAGAGAUCCAGACAGAUGAUGAGGAAAUGAUGGAACAACUUAUCAAGCAAGGAUUCCUCCCCCUUAACACACCUGUAGAAAAAAUAGUGAACUGUGAUCGUUUCAAAGACGGCGCGCGUUCAGUUAACCGCAGGUCCCGAAAGUCCAAACGAGAGAGGAACAGGCGCAGCGGCCGGCAGCACUCCGUGCCCACCAGGAGAAUGGUCGCCCUGUAUGACUACGACCCCCGAGAGAGCUCCCCAAACGUUGAUGUGGAGACACAGGCAGACAGAGAGAGAGAAUGUGGGGGAGAGAGACUGACACUGGAGGCUGAGCUAACAUUCUGUGCGGGAGACAUCAUUACAGUUUUUGGAGAAAUCGAUGAAGAUGGAUUUUAUUAUGGUGAAAUAAAUGGACAUAAAGGUCUCGUUCCUUCAAACUUUCUUGAAGAAGUGCCUGAUGAUGUAGAAGUCUAUCUUACCGAUACACCAUCCCGAUAUGCACAAGACACCCCAGUGCGGACAAAGACCAAAAGGGUUCCCUCAGAAAACACUGGUUCCUCUAGAAGAGCCCCUUCCCCUACUGUGCGCCAACACCACCAAGGCUCUGGACCCGAUCCUAUGGGCCCUGGCAGUCCUGUCAGGGGCAGAGACUUGUCCUCCAAAAAGAAAAAGGGACUGCUCUCCAAAGGGAAGAAACUGUUAAAAAGGCUUGGAGCCGUUAAAUAAUAUAUUUUUUGGGAAAAUAUGUACACAACCAUAUAUAUAUACAAAACGAUACAUUUCUUCGGAUCUUGUCAUUUAAAUUUGGUGUCAAAACUAGGGUUUUCAUGACUACUGGCAACUAGGCAAGUGCUGUGUAAUACUUUUUUAACCAGCUUGUUCUGGUUUACUUUAAAUUUCAAUCCAGGGAUUUUACAGCUGAUGACAGAAGGUGUCCCACUCCUUAUGCAAUUUCUACAGAAGAAUGUGUUUAUGAGGCUGGGUCACAAAGCCCAAAACCACUUCCAAUUCCAUGACUCAAACGCGAUGGUAAAUUUUUUUCUUAGUGGACAGAAAGAUGUUUGCUCUGAUAGUUGCGGAAGAGAAAUAAAAGAGUUGAAAAUGCUGAUGCAUAAAAUAGUAUUACACUUUGGUGUUCCCGUUUUAACCCAGCAUAGGGUUUGACAUAGCGACCUGUUCUCUGCUUUGUCUAUCCAAACUUGUUUGCAGCAAUUUUUUUAAAUGGUGGUCUUAAGUCCUAUUCUUUGAAACUAAUAAAAUCCAGUGGCUCAUAUUUUGCCAAGAACAGAACAAUGUAUUAUCCACUAAAUGUUCGUGUUACACAGGUUUUUAGAUUUCUUAAUGCUCCAUCAACCUCCAGAACACAUUCAAAAGAAAAACAAUCACAACUAGUUAAUCAGUAUUUAAUGGUCAUGAAAUGCCUAGUUGAAACCAGCCUCGAUGUAUUUGCCUUAUAAAUGCACAAUGGUUUGUAUUUUUGUCCAGUAAAUUAAGCAAGAAUAGUUUUUCAGUACUGUGUACAUUCAUGUGUGUGCAUUCCUUCACUAAAAAUGUUGUUGAAGUUAUGUGAUCAAGUGAUGUGCUGCUACCAACAUUUCCAUGUGUAAUUUUAAGAAUAAUUUUAAACCUGCCCGAUUUAAAAAAAAAUUGUCACAUUUUGCAAACAUUUUUUCCUCCAAUACUAUCAGUAUUCUAAAAUCAGGCACUAGCAAUUGUGGGUCCCUUCCACAAGCCCAUCUCAUUCAGAUCUAAAUCUAUAUAAUGUAUACUAAUAAGAAGAAAAAACCCUACCCCUUUGCUGUCAUUUGACUCAAACAAGAAUAUAGAUUAAUACAAUAAAACAAGCUUCCCUUAAAAUUCUGAUAGCUACAGUAUAGUCAUCAGGGUUAAUCGAUCCAAACUGUUGUUUUUGCACAUAAGUGUGGCAGGGCACCAUUCUUCCAGAUAAGAUGUAACGAACUUAUGUUCCUAUUCCUAUUUCUUGCUCAAAAAUCAGUUUUGGCAUCGAUUUAUAUAUAAAAAAAAAGAGAUUUGAUCAGAGACUGCCAAAAAAAGAAGGAAUGUAUUGAAUUCAACAUGCAUAACCGCCAAAACAAAUAUAACAAAACAAUGUAAAUUACUAAUUAAACCAUAAUCCAGUGCUCUGACAUUGCUUCUACACAUUGUUUGAGUGACUGUUGCUCUUUUUGUACUUUGUCCAUUUGUAAAUUGUUUUUAAAUGUUUAUACUUGAUUUUCAGACUGCCUUUUUUUGUAAAUUAAAAUUUAUAAUCAAACAGUGCAAGCUUUCCCCAUUGUGUCUUCAACAAAGUCCGCAACUGUGUGCUAGCUUUAUGGAUCUGUAAGAAAAAUCAUUGGCCUAUUUGUGGUUAUCAGCUGUGAGUGUGCAUGUGUACAUGUGUAAAAAAAUUUUUUUAUCAGAAUAAAUUUGAUAUUUUGUAGAA